AUGCAUGAAACCGAUCAAAUCCGCGAGAUAUUAAAUACCGAUAUCAGGACUCCCAUUCCCCAAGCUCUCGUAACCCGGAUCACAUCCCUGCCACCAUUCAUCCCUAUACCAGGUGUCUCCAACUUUCGCGAUCUGAGCCACAAUGGCAACAAAUUACGCCCAGGAUUCGUGUAUCGGUCCGGAAACUUGUCCGACAUCUUGGGGCCCGGGAAAUCCAUCAUCGCAGCCGAAUUGGGAAUCACCACCAUCUUCGACUUGCGGAAUGAAGGCGAGCGACAAAAAGCCCCAGCACCUUCUAUCACAGGAGUCGAUACGGUAUGGUUACCAUAUGGAGCCCGACCGGCUACCUUGAACCUCCGUGAUUUCGCGGGCCCAGAUAAGGGCGCUGCUGGGUUCGUGAAGAUGUACUUUGGCGUCCUCGAAGCGGCUGCCCCGUGUUUCACACAGAUAUUCAAGCAUAUCAGAGAUAACCCGGACGAUCCGUUCAUCGUUCAUUGUUCAGCCGGUAAAGAUCGCACGGGUGUCUUCGCCGCUCUCAUUCUCCUCCUGAUCAAUCGACCCCAUCACGACAUUAUCUACGAUUACAUCCUCACUCGAGUCGGACUGGAAAGCGCCCGAGAAAAUCUCAUGCAGGCAUCUGCGGUAAACUUGGGAACUGAUGGAGUUGACGUUAGCCAGUUGAGCCCUGAGGCAGUGGGUAUGCUCGAACUAUGUGGAGUUCGGGCCACGUCCAUGGCGGAUUUCCUGGUAUCAUUUGAGAAAUCCUACAGAAACGGGGUUGAGGGCUAUCUCAUCGAUAGACUUGGGUUUACACAGACUGAUGUAUUGACGAUGCGCAAGAACCUGACCUAG